UUUCAGCUGGAAGCCGUCCUGAAACAAUGUUUUACACAGGAACAUGGCCUGGAUCCAUAGCCACAAACCUCCUCACAUUAUAUAAUCUAGAGGUGCGGCGUGUCCUUGAAAUGAUGAUGUGGAUCAACAUGUGUGUCUGCCUUCCUUUGACCAUACUGAUCAUCUAUUGUCUGUUUUGUGUGACGCGAAGGAGCCAGGUCCCCAUCAUCUACUACACAAACCUCCUCAUCUCCAAUCUAAUCCAGAUCUGCAUAAUGACUCUUUGGGUCACACGAGUGGAAAGCAGCAUCUUUAUUGUUAUUUACGUCUCGUGUAUGAUGGCCACUCUUUACUUCAAGAUGUGCAUUGCUCUGGAAAGAUAUUUUUUCAUCGCCUGCCCACUGCUGGACUGCCUCAGACAAACUAAGAGUUCUGUGCUGGUCUGCGUUCUGGUCUGGGCUUUGUGUAUUAUCAGCGUCCCUCUUGCUAUAGUCUUAAAUGAAUUUGUACGUUUAAUUAUUUAUGUCACCCUCCCUGGUCCUCUGUUCAUCUUCUGCUUAGCUCGGACCUUCACAGCUCUGCCUGCUGCCACCUCAGUGCCCACUGAGGAAAAGUGGAGAACUCUAGGAACUUUGAUUGUGUUGUUUGUUAACUACUUUCUAAUAAUCAUUCCCACAAUCAUCUGCCUGUUUGUUAAUGAAUAUAUAUACAGAUUGUUGUACUAUUAUGUCAUUUUAAUUUCAGUCUUGUUCCUGCUUUGUCCUUUUGUGGACUUGAUUCUGUUUCUUUUCAUGCAGAAAGGCUGCAUAGACAAGGUGCUGAGGUGUCUGUGCAGCUGCAGUACGGACACCACUGUAUCAGAUUAAGCAGCUGAUCAUCACUGUGAGUGAUGGUAGCACAGAGCAGAGGGCUGCUGCUGCAGUCACAGUCAAAUGGAGAGAGAAAACAGGAAGCAAAGUCUGUAAGAGAUUCUGAGGAAAUAAGCAAACAGACACAAACACACCCAAACAAACACACCCUUUGCAAACGCUCAUCAUUCAUCAUGUAAAAUCAUUCAUCAUAUAGAAUCUCAACAGCACUGAUCUCAGCUGAAGUAGCUCUGACUCUAAAUUUUACAGUAAUUUUAUAAUUAUUUUAUAAUCACCUCUGAACACAUCUCAUAUUACACCAUUAUUAUUAUUUACAUUUUUUCUCCAUAUUUCUUCUUCUUAAUUAUCUUAAUUUAUCCCAAAUUUCCCCUCUGUGGGACAAUAAAGGCUGUUUCUUCUUCUUAAUUCUUUGACUCCAGUAUUGGUUUCUCAUUUACAGUCAUCUGUCUGAUUUUAGACUUUUUUUAGAGAUUUAGAGGUUUUUACAAUCAUGUCAUUUUAGUUUAAUUGUUUAGUUUUUCUUGCCUGUAAUUAUG